UCCGCUACAGGAGUGAGAGGCCGCGGUCAUCAGUACCUGCUGUGAGUUGUGUCUUCCCAGGACUCUGCCCUACCCCAGAAGGGGCUGGAGAAAAUGACCAAGUUCCAGGAGCCAGUGUCCUUCAAGGACGUGGCUGUGACCUUCACCAAGGAGGAGCUGGGGCUGCUGGACUCCACCCAGAGGAAGCUGUACCGAGACGUGAUGCUGGAGAACUUCUGGAACCUGGUCUCAGUGGGAUAUCAACCUUUCAAAUUAGAUAUGAUACUACAGCUGGGGAGAAAAGAGAAGCUUUGGGUGAUGGAGCCAGAAACCCAAGGAGCUGGGUGUUCAGGACACGGGAACCAAAAUGAGAUAGAGACUCUUCAAGAAGCAGGAUUAAGACAGCUUUUACAUGAAGGCCUUAUGUGCUGGCAGAUAUGGGAACAGUUUACAAGUAAAUUAACCAGAACUCAGGACUCAAUGAUAAAGCUGCAAGGCAAGAAGUUGCCAAAACAAGAUGAUUCCUCCUGUGAGGCGUGGUCAGGAGAUUCUACUCAGGUUCCUGAAGAUGAGAACUAUGUAGGAAAGCUUCAAGGGGAGAGUUCCACAAGUAUCAAAAAUCAAGAGUCUCCAACUCAGACCUCCUGGGAUUUCUGCAGGAAAAUGUAUCUGAGAGAGUCACAGAAUUAUCAGAGUAGGUGUCAGCAAAUUGACAUAAAAGAUAAACUGUGUCAGUGUGAUCACUGUGUCAUGAGAAGGAUCUCUCAUCACCAUGGCAAUCAGGAAGUACACAAAAGCGAGAAGGCUUGUGGCCACAAUAAUCAUGGAAAAGACUUUGUGAAGAACACAUCCCAGCAUAGCAUCAUCCACUCAGGAGAGGAGACCUCUGAUGAGACUGGAAAAGGUGUCAGCCUUGGCUAUGAUGUGGAACUUCAUCAGCAGUUGCGUGUAGGAGAGAAGCCCCAUGUGUGUAGUGAGUGUGGGAAGGGCACCACGUAUAACUCAGUGUUUCACAUUCAUUACAGUGUUCACAGAGGAGGGAAACGCAGUGGGAAUGAUGAGUGUGGGGUGGACUUGGGUCAGAGCUCACAUCCGCAGACCCGUCAGAGAGCCAAGCCAGGGGAGAAACCCUACAGAUGUGGGGUGUGUGCUGCUGAGAGCUUCAAUCAGAACUCCUCCCUUCCCACUCAUGAGCCCAUUCACCCAGGGGAGAAUCUGUGUAGGGGUGGCAGGUGUGGGAAGGGCUCCAGUCAUAGCUUGGACCUCAACAGUCACUGUGUAGACAACACUGGCGAGAAAUCCUGGAAAUGUGAGCUGUGUGGUAAAGGCUUCAAUGAGACAUCACAAAUUCAAGCCCAUCAGACAGCCUACCCUCAAGACAAAACGUCCAAAUGGAAGGCAUGUGACAGGAUAUUCAGUCAGAGCUCUGAUCCUCUUCAGAGAGUUCACACUGGAGAGAAACCAUAUAAAUGCGAGGUAUGUGGGAAAGACUUCAGUAAGGCCUCCAACCUUCAAGCCCAUCAGAGAAUCCACACCGGCGAGAAACCCUACAAAUGUGAUGUGUGUGGUAAGAACUUCAGCCGGAAUUCCCAUCUUCAGGCCCAUCAGAGAGUCCACACGGGAGAAAAACCCUACAGAUGUGACACAUGUGGGAAGGACUUCAGUCAGAUUUCCCAUCUUCAGGCCCAUCAGAGAGUCCACACAGGAGAGAAGCCCUACAGAUGUGACACAUGUGGGAAAGGCUUCAGUCAGAGCUCACAUCUUCAAGACCACCAGCGGGUCCACACCGGAGAGAAACCCUACACGUGCAAUGUGUGUGGGAAGGGUUUCAGUUGGAGCUCCCAUCUUCAAGCCCAUCAGAGAGUCCAUACAGGGGAGAAACCCUACAAGUGUGAAGAAUGUGGGAAAGGCUUCAUCUGGAACUCGUACCUUCACGUUCAUCAGAGGAUCCACACGGGAGAGAAACCCUAUAAGUGUGGCACGUGUGGGAAGAGCUUCAGUCAGACCUCCCAUCUUCAAGCCCAUCGGAGGGUCCAUACAGGAGAGAAACCCUACAAAUGUUUUGUCUGUGGUAAGGGCUUUAGCAAGAGUUUGUCUUCAGGUUCAUCAGAGAGUCCAUAGUGGUGAUCAAUCCAGUACAUGCAGAGAGUGUGAUAAAAGUGUUCUUCAGAAUGUAGACUUCUCAUUUUCAUCA